AUGAGCAGAGACGAUGAAUAUGACUAUCUCUUUAAAGUUGUUUUGAUUGGUGACAGUGGUGUCGGAAAAACCAAUUUGUUGUCUAGAUUCACAAGAAAUGAGUUCAACUUGGAGUCAAAGAGUACUAUCGGUGUAGAGUUUGCCACUCGUAGUGUUCAAGUCGACAGCAAGACGGUGAAAGCACAGAUUUGGGAUACAGCUGGUCAAGAGAGAUACCGUGCCAUUACCAGUGCCUACUACCGAGGCGCUGUAGGUGCAUUGUUGGUUUACGAUAUCGCCAAAUAUGCGACUUAUGAAAACGUGAUGCGCUGGUUAAAAGAACUACGGGAUCAUGCUGACUCUAACAUUGUUGUCAUGUUGGUGGGUAAUAAGAGCGAUUUGCGACAUUUGCGUGCAGUCCCAACUGAGGAAGCAAAACAGUUUGCAGCUGAUAAUGGUUUGUCAUUCAUUGAGACCUCUGCUUUAGACUCGAGCAACGUAGAGCUCGCAUUCCAGAAAAUUUUGACAGAAAUCUAUCGUAUUGUUUCCAACAAAGCCCUCGAAUCCUCUAAUGAUGUGAUUAGACCAACAGCAGGACAAACUAUUACAGUUACUCAGCCAUCAGAGAAUGAGAAGCAAGGAGGAGGUUGUUGCUAA